AUGAAGUGGGCUGAAUCAGAAACUUUAAAACUAGUGGAGCUUUACGGGGAGUUUCCGUGUAUCUGGGAUAUAAGCCACCGUGAUUAUAAUGAUAAGAACAAAAGGAAUGCGGCCUAUGAAUAUCUUAUUCGUGCAAUGAGCAGGGAAAACUUUGGAGUUUCUGAAUUAAAACAAAAAAUCAAAAACCUCCGAUGUACUUAUAACCAAGAACGAAUGAAAAUAAAAAAAUCUCAAAAGUCUGGCAGUGGAAGUAACCAAGUUUACGUGCCUUCUUUAAAAUGGUACUAUGUAAUGGAUACAUUAUUAAAAUUUAUUACACGAAGCACCGAGACUCAGGAUAACUUUGAAGGAACAAUACAAUCUGAGAUUGCAAUAUCAGAAAACGAAACUGAAGUCUCAGCAAAUGCACAUGAUCCACAGCCAUCGUUAGUCUCAAUAAAUGACUCACAAGAGCCACAACCAGUACUGCACAAAAUAUUGAAGAUUCACAGUCAGCGCCAAUUCAGAUAG